AUGGCAGCACCGGUACCGGUGCCACUCAUCGGUAAGCUCGACAGCUUUGAUGAAUCGGCGGAGGAUUGGACCUCCUACAUCGAACGAGCAGAUGAGUACCUCGUGCUGAAUGGCCUACCGGACGAAAAGAAGGACGCAGCCAUCAUAACAAGUAUGGGAGCCAAAACCUACUCCAUCCUAAGGAAACUAACGACGCCAAGCAAACCGUCUGAGAAAACUUAUGAAGAGAUCAAGAAGCACCUGAGACUACUUUUCGCCUGCGCCGCUGGAAAUGCCCUGCGAGACAAGUUUGUAUGCGGCCUUCGCUCCGUGCAAGUCCAGCAGCGCCUGCUGACGAUGAAGAAGUUUACCUUGAAGCACGCACUCGACGAGGCUGUAGCUCACGAACUUGCUGCGAAGGACAUCGCAGAGUUUAAAAACAAAGAAGAAACUCCGACCGCCACGGUGGCGCAGGUGGCGCACGUUGACAAUGACAAGCAAAAGUGCUUCAGGUGCAAUCGGAAAGGCCACGCUCCAGCGAAGUGCAGAUUUUUGGAAGCUGUUUGCCACAAGUGCAACAAAGUGGGUCACAUCAGUCCAGCCUGUAGAAGCAAGGCAAAUGACGCCACCAAGACUUCGCACAGGCCAAAUUCGACAUCAAAGAAAGCAAGUCAACGACCUUUAAAGAGCCAAGUUCAUGUCGCACGAGACGAAGAUAGUGCUGAGUUCGAAUUCCUGGCACACAUCGACAAUGGGAGCAGGAGUAACCCUAUCUGGCUCAAACCAAGAGUUGAAGGGCAGACUCUGGAAAUGGAAAUGGACACAGGCUCCAAAUACUCCCUUCUACCAAAAGCUCUCUACGAGAAGCAUCUCUUGCACGUGCCACUGCAAGCAACACCAGUGCUGUUCAAAACCCUGACCGGAGAAACCUUCAGUCCAGAAGGUGUGGCCACAACUGAAGUGACAUUUGGGAAGUCAACAGGCCAGCUGCAACUAUAUGUGGUGGACACCCCAGGACCUCCACUCUUCGGGAGAGACUGGAUUAACCAUUUCAACCUCCUGGAGCUUAGCAAUGUGCUGAAGGUUGACAGCCAACUUGGACUGAUGUGGCAGGACCAGCUGGAUAAGAGACUUGCGGAGUUCAAGGACGUCUUCGAUGACAAGGAAAUCAAGAGUGGAUCGGAUGAAAAAUCAAAUGUCGUGACGGGCCAGUAUCCUACGAAGUGCAGGUUGGUGAUGCGGUAUGGCGCCGACAUAUUGACCAGCUUCGCGAUUCAAGAGUUAUUGAAUCCACACCACAUCCAAAACCCUUGGAAAAUCAGCCUACUCGACAUGAACCACAACUGA